GGGGUUCACGAGUCGAAAGGUGUGACUGAAGAUUAUUUGAAACUGGAGUCCCUGAUCCAGAAAGUGGUUUCUCCUUACCUGGGCACCUAUGGGCUAUAUUCCAGUGAUGGACCCUUCACCCACGCUUCCUGCAUCUUGGAGAAGAGGUUCUUCAGGCGUUCCAAGUCGGGCGACCUGCUGGCCAAGAACCCCGUGGUGCGCUCCAAGAGCUACAACAACCCCCUGCUCACCCCCGUGGCCGAGUACGAGACCGAGGGCAUGGCUGCCAACGGAGCGGGCAUCCGCAGGCACUCCGUCUCAGAAAUGACCUCCUGCCUGGAGCUCCAGGGCUACUCCAACCUCACCACCAUCAUGGACAACGGUUCCAAGAGCUCCAUGGCGACCACGAAAAGCUCCUUGUCGGGAGAGCAGGAGAGACCCAGCGCCGGGGCGGUGCAGUGCUCCAGCAAGCUGGGCUCUGGGGAGCAACAGAAAGGACUCUUCCACUCCAUGGAUGAUCCACGGGGGUCUUUUGAGCUAGACAGGGACCCUGCCUUGAUUCCAGUCCCCUCCUCCAGCCCUGAGAACAUAGUGGAUCAGAUUUUGGAGUCGAUUGACUCUGAUUCUGAAGGCAUUUUUAUUGAUUUUGGCCGGGGCUGCUCCAGCUCUUCAGCGUACAACGUGGACGUGAGCAGACAGAGCAUCAUGUGAAGGACACUGGGAGACAAACCUUGGG